UAUUGCACUCGUUUCGUCAACUGUCAAUUAGCGUUGGUAAGCUCCGCCGAGCCGAGUGGCGUGACACACUUCGAAGGGAAGCCGAACAGAGCAGCCGAUGACGGAGGCGGCGGUGGCCGCGCGCCAUCCGAAAUCGCGCGGGGACGCGAGUGCGAGUAUCGCGAGCAAGACACGCGAGAACAGGCGUCGGACAGAUUAUCCGAAAGCAGACGCGCGGGCACGGCUUCAAACGCCGCUUCGUGACGCGUUAUCGUGAUACUAAUCGUAAAACGGAAACGGCACCACGUGUCCCUCGGCGAUCGCGCGAGUCGGUCGUUACUGCGCGCGGCAAUAGAAACGCGCGAUAGCAGAAUCCGCACGAGCAGCGAAAUUUCAGGCGUACAUUCGUAAUGGUUCACGGAUCACGUGAUUCCUCUUGCGCACACAAGUUUACAAUGCAACUUCAGCCGUUUUAAUGUUCUUCUUGUCUUCUAGUUUUUCUUUUCUUUUUUUUCUUUGUUUCGAAGAUAACGCGAGCUUUUUGCCUGCACGCUGCACCUCGCUGGUGACAGCAAAAAAUCAUUAAAGUCUCUCAGUGGACUCGCUACGUACUAAUUACAGCAGCAUUCCUCGUGGUAAUUCUCGCCUUUGAUUUAUUAUACAAUAUAUCGUCUACCGUGUAAUGUUAGCGUUCACUCGGAACACAUUAUCGCUUCGUUUUUAUUUGCAUCUUCGAUCGCCACGGGUUUAUCGGGUUGAUCAGACGGAAUUAGUUCCGUCGCGCGUCCAUUCCUCAUAAAUAUUUCAUAAAGUGUAGCCGCAAUUAACACUUAGGAUCUCUAAACACCUAUCGAUCCUCGCGAGUAAGAAAGUAUCACGCUGUCGAGACGUGAAGUGUUUUGCCGUGCAACGACGAUCGAGAGCUUCCGUUAUUCAUGAGACAUUAGACAUCUAUCGGGCGCUUCAAGAUAAACGCAUACGAAUUAGCCGGAACAAUUGGGAAUCGGAGUCGAGCAAGUUCUCGGCUCUCGGCUAAUUGAAGUUUCGCCAAGUGCGCCGGGCUGCUGGCAGGCAAAUUCUCUGGGAUUUACGGCGAAUCGAAUCGUCACGUCGAUUGCGCGCUCGCGGCAAUUUCCAAAGUGCGGCGAAAUUACGAGCAGAACAAGCGACGUCGAAAAAGCGUGACGUCGUCUGCGACCCCGAUGACCGCGAUCGGACAUUGGUCACGACGAUCGGCACGCAAGGGUAUCGUCCAAUCAACGGUCAGAUCAUAUAUACGAUCGUCGUGCAUUCGGUGGUGAUAAGGGAGACACGCCCACGCAAUCUGCCAGCGAUCACCAGCGGCGACCGCUGAAACGAACGUUUGUCCGGCGACCGACGCGGAUCCGUGGACUGUCGUUGGCCACCGCUCUCGUCCCUGGUCCAAUUGCAGCUUCAACGCUGACAUUUCAGACGCAUUUGGUUUCUGUAACUGGCCAAUAACGCCAAUCAUGGACGCACAGACUGAGUCAUCAUCCCGUUCAAACGCCAAUCGUCCGUGCGCGUAGCGCACUCUAGGUCGCCAAAGUCUGAACGAUGCCUGGAAACACGACGGUGGGUAGCACGCUACUCGACGAGGAACUCCGUCGAAUUCUGCUGGAACGCGAGCAAGAAUGCAUGAAGCUGAAAGCCAUGAAUACGACCCUGCCACCGGAACCGUACUGCCGGCUCACGUUCGACGGAUGGUCCUGUUGGCCGAACACUCCAGCUGGCUCUACCGUGUAUGCACCAUGUCCGAACUUUAUCACCGGCUUCGACACGUCAUUGAUGGCGCACAAGUACUGCGAGCUGAACGGCACGUGGUUCCGGCACCCCGAGUCCAAUCAAAUAUGGAGCAACUACACGACCUGCGUGAACAUGCAGGACCUGAGCUGGCAGCAAGGUAUAAACGGGAUCUACGAGGUGGGAUACGCGAUAUCCUUGGUAGCGCUACUACUUUCCCUGGGAAUUCUCACGUACUUCCGAUCUCUCAGAUGCGCUCGGAUCACGCUGCACAUGAAUCUGUUCAGCUCGUUCGCCAUCAACAACGCCCUGUGGCUGAUCUGGUACAGAGUCAUAGUAGCGAACACGGAUCUACUACUUAGCAAUGGCAUACCAUGCCACGUUCUGCACGUGCUCCUUCAUUAUUUUCUACUAACUAACUACGCCUGGAUGCUCUGCGAAGGUUUCUACUUGCACACGUUGCUAGUAAGUGCGUUCACCAGCGAGCACAAAUUAGUGAACUGGCUGAUGGGACUCGGAUGGCCAGUGCCAGCUGUAAUCGUCACUUUGUACACGGCAUUACGUGCCGCUAGCGACGAUCCUGCGGACACCGAACAAUGCUGGAUCAACGAGGGCAACUACAUGAACGUGCUGGUUUAUCCCGUCUGCGUUUCCACUAUGCUAAAUCUACUCUUCCUGUUCAACAUCGUGCGAGUCCUCCUCAUGAAACUGCGCGCUGGACCCGCCAUCGGAACACGACCUUCGCGAUCCAUGCUGCAAGCUUUCAGGGCUACGCUACUCUUGGUGCCUCUCUUGGGUCUUCAUUACUUAGUAAUCCCAUUCCGGCCGCCGAAAGACCAUCCCUGGGAACACUUUUACGAAGUUCUUUCUGCGAUUACGGCUUCCUUUCAGGGUCUCUGUGUGGCUGUGCUUUUCUGCUUUUGCAACGGCGAGGUAAUAGCACAAUUCAAGAGGAAGUGGGAUGGCAGCGCCCUUAUGCGAAAGCGGGCCAACUCCUGCACAGCAACGACCGUCUCGGUCCGAUGGCGGGAGAGGAGAAGGUGUGACUAUCAACCGGCGGCGUCAGCGGUGCCGGGCGAAGAGGACCACAAGCUGGCGAGCGAGACUCGGCUGCAGCAGCCGCAGCGGACCGUGCAGGUGAUCGCCGCCGAUAAUCGACCGGGUGAUCACGGCAACAACAACCAUCAGGCGCGGGUGCUGAUCAAGCGGGGCGAUGACGGCUCACCCGGCGACGACGAGUGCGACCAGACGCAGUGUUGAUGACGACCGACGUGGGGCUGAUGAGGACCAUUUCCUCCAGCGUGUGGAUUUCUUCCCGCUGCCUGAUGUACCGGCUUCCUCGUGAGAUACAUCUUGGAUCGACACGCGCGGAUAGAUAGAUAGAUAGAUAGACACACGUACCGGGAAACACAUCCUUGAUUGGAUCGAUGUAAUGCAUCACGGAGGAUCAAAGAUCUUUACUCGGGCCAAGUAUCAAUCAUGAUCAGUUGAUACGAUGUUUUACUUCGUCUCUGCUUUUUUAUUAUUUAAGCAAAUACACAUGUAUAUAUGUAUAUGUUUAAAUAAGCUUAAGUGAUCAGCAGGCGAAGCAAGAUAUCGUAUCACGUGAUUGAUAUUUAUUGAUGUGCAUGUUAUACAUUAUGUGUAUAUACUCGAACGAGGUGUCUAUUAAUAACUAUGUCACACAUCAUACAUACAUACACACAUACGCAACAGCCUAAUUUAGUUGACAGACUGAGAUGCGACUCGACCAGUAUCCCAAUCGUAAUGCGAUCAGCCACCCGUCGAUUUCCGCCGAAUUAUUUAUCAAUGCACAGGAUAGCACAAUACGUGAUUCAUGAACGUCGGCGAAAUACUGGUAUCAGUUAACAACCAAGGAAAUGAAAUAUGGCGUAUUUGAUUUUUGCGGGUUGUAAUCAUUAUAGUUUACAGACCACAAGUUCCCGAGCGAAGAAUCGUCCGCGCGGUAAUAAAAAAUUAAGGUCUCGCCUGAAGAAAACUAAACAAGCAGCUAUUACAGUUAUGCAUCUCUGAGGGGGUUGAAAUCAUAUCGGUAAUCAUCUGAUCAUUUUUAUACUGUCAAAUAUAGUGAAGAUGUUUGCUUGCCUGAUGUGCAACGUUCAAACACGAUUGAUUAGUUAACGUAAUAAGGUUCAAAAUCGAUCUGAUAUCCUAUCUCGAGUAAGUAAACUUGAAAAAUUUACAAAAAGUGAAGCUGAUCGGUUUAACUCCUGAGAGAAUCAAAUGGUAAAAGCCUGCAGCCACAAAGAGAAUUUUUGGGCCUUAUUACGUAUCUGCCAGUUGCAUUUUGUGCUAAAUUUGAGUGACGCGAUAUGUUUGUAUAUAUUUUAACGUGACAUCUCAUGCGUGAAUAUACCGAUCAGCUAUUAGAUAUACAUGCAACUAAUACUCAUUAUCGUGCAAUCGUAAGAGGAAUCACUAAAGCCGCACAGUGUUAGAGAAUAAAUGUUGAUACAAAAUAAAACUAGUUUUGACUGUAUUAUAGAGUAGAAAAAAAUCGUGUAAAACUGUAAAGAAAAGAUCGCAGGUAAAAUGGUAAGAUUUCAAGAGUGAAUUUUACCGACUUUUCGUGACGAAAAGAUGCGCUUUUAAGAGGACUCGAAAACUCAGGUACCUGAGGACAAACGCUUGGAAUUCGGAAUACUCGGAAUUGCCAAACCGUUUGUAGAGGCGAUAUUUUCGUGACAAUGGCCAAAGCAUUUCUCGUUUCACUCGUAGUGAAUAAUCGUGAAGCAAUUGUUUUGUUAUGUAUAAAAUCUCUUGUGUAAUAUGUCGAUUGCAAAGCGGCUCCCCGCAGUAAAAUGUGAAUACUGUGUAUAUAGCGUGUAAUCUCGAUGGUUGCAAAAUAUUCAUAUUUUCCGCGAGCGAAACGAAUUUCGAGACAAAAAAAUGUUUAGAAUAUUUAAUAUAUUAUAUUUUGCGAAACGACACGAAUAAAUAAAGCUAACCAGUCCCAUAAUAAAACUGUACGAUCAUUCUCUCAAAUAAGUACAACCAUUCACUCACACGAGGGCGAAUUAAAUUGUAAAAUAAAAAUCAGAUUAAAAUACCGUAAAAGGA